AUGGCUGACAGCGAGGACAACACUCUGAGGAUCGUGCUCGUGGGGAAAACCGGAAGUGGGAAAAGUGCCACAGCGACCACUCUCCUGGGGAAGAAUGUUUUUGAAUCUAAAAUGGCCCACGCUGUUACCAAGACGUGCCAGGUAGAAUCCCAGGUAUGGCUGGGGAGGAGCCCUCUACUUGUCGACACCCCGGGGCUCUUUGACACCAAGGACACCCUGGACACCACCUGCUUGGAGAUCAGCCGGUGCGUCCUGCACUCGGCCCCGGGGCCCCACGCCGUAGUCAUGGUGAUGCAGCUGGGCUGCUGCACAGAGGAAGAGCAGAAAACUAUCAAGUUGAUCAAGAACGUCUUUGGGGAUUCUGCCAUGAAGCACAUGAUCUUCUUGUUCACGCACAAGGAUGAUUUGGGGGACGAUAGCCUGAGUGAGUUUAUAGCACAAGGACCCGAGCCGCUAAGAAGCAUGGUCAGGGAGUGUGGGGGCCGCUGCUGCGCCUUCAACAACAGGGCGGGGGAGGCCGAGAAGGAGGCUCAGGUGCAGGAGCUGGUGGUGAAGAUGGUGCAGAGCAACGGAGGGGCCUGCUUCUCUAACAACAUCUACGAGGACAUGGAGAAAAAGCUCAAAGAAAAGGAGGAGAAGUUGAAGCAAAAGUACAUGGAGCAAUUACAUGAAAAAAUUAAACAGGUAGAAAAGGAAGAUGCUGAUAAACCAAGGGAAGACAGGGAAAGGAAAAUCGAAGCGCUGCAGAGGCAAUGGGAAGAGCAGAGCAAAAAUGCAAGGGAUGAAGCUAAGGGCGGUGUGCUUGACGACAUUGUGAAUUUUGUAAAUUGGGUCAAGGAUAAACUGUCAGGAGUAUGGGACGGGUUUUGGGAGUAA